AUGGCCAAGCCCAUCACCAAGCAGGAGCUGCCUUCAAGAGGAGUCCAGUUCCUGGCAGAGCCUGUGCCACCUGAGUGGAAGCCAGGGGUCCCACGAGGACAGGACAAGGGUGGUGAUGCUAAGGCUGCUGGGCAGUCCCAGGGAGACAGCAGCCAUCCGGUGGCUGCGGACACUCGGAGGCAUCAGAGGGGACGUGCAGAACACCGGAGACACACCAUCACCAGUGGCGUGGACUUCAGCAUGCUGAAGCACAUGAAGGAGCUAGAACAGGAGAAGGAUUUCCUGCUGCAGGGUCUGGAGCUGGUAGAGCGCGCCCGGGAGUGGUACCACCAGCACAUCCAGUUCAUGCAGGAACGCCAGAGGCUCCUGGGGAAGAAUAAAACCAGUGCCGACUUCCUCCCUGAGGGCAGCCAGAGCCACCUGGGGCGCCUGGUCCCCAAGCUGCAGGAGGUGAACCGCUGCCUGGGUGACCUCCUUUCCACCACUGGCAAGCCAGCAAACCCCUCCUCAGCUCUGAGCAGCCUGGUCCCCGUGGUGUCCCCAGCCUCAGCAGGCUCCCAGCAAGCCAUCAACAUGCUGAAGGAGCAAAACCGGCUUCUCACCAAG